UCAGAUGCUUCAACCUAGCAUGGCUAUAUUGCUGAUGGUAGAGGUUCAGCAAGCGCCAGUAUAGUAUGGCUGUGACAAGAGGCAAACUGUUGGAUAUCUAUACAGUGUGUUCCCGCAGGGACCUCGUUGAAUGAGUUCGUGGCUGGCAAUGAGGGGUAUAUAUAGGGCUCGACUUGGGACACCAUAUUACAUUGCUCAUAGGAUUCAUACAAAGUGGAACAGCUUCAUUUUCCUCCGUCGGACAAAAGUAACUAUUUCGCGUUAAGUGAAGUUAUUUAAUUUUCUUUUGCUGGUCUUUUACCAAAAAAAAAUUUAAUAGAAAAAUAAUAUUAUAAAAAAGGACUGUGUGUUUCCGUAUUCGGAGUUCCUAAAAAAACAUAAAAAAAAUUAAUAAAAACAGAAAAAAUUGAAAAAAAAGAAAAAAAUCUCUUUGUCUGCAAAAGUUUCAAAAAAUAGUAUAAUUAAAGUGUUUGUUGUGUUUGGAAAUAUUAGACCUACUGAUUAAUGGGACUGAAUGACCAUGCCCAUAUCACAUUUUCUGGUGACUACUUUGUCAGACAACAGAAUCCAGUCACCACGAGGAACUUGAUAAGUUUCGGUAUUGUGCUUGCUCUAUUAAAUGGUGAGCGCGUGUGGGCUCAAGUGAGAGGUAAUGACUACCUCUCAUCGGAAUCAACGGGUGACGGCAGCAAAAGUAGCAGCGAUGUGAACAGAACAGUUAAUGGGGGUGGGGGUGGUGGUGGUACAGGUGGUGAGGUAAUACCAAUGCAGAGAAUGGGCUCAGCCCAUGAACCCACCUGUGAAGAACUGAGGGCCAUGUGGCGCUUCUCGAAGCGCCAAUCGCGAGCAGCGGAGAUCACAAAUGAGAUCCCCACAUACCGAGAUCCCUUUGCAUUUAACGUGUGGGAACCUUUAAUGUUCCCGAAAACACGCAGUGUUGGCGGUAUGAGGGUAUCACCAUAUCGCGAUGGAAAUAGACCUGUCUAUGGAAUUGUUAGGCACAAGGAGCCUUUGGCCCGAAUUCGAGAUUUGGCAGCUAGAAAUCGAUUGUUCGACAAUGUGGCUAGAACCUAUGGGGGCACAGACAAUCGUGGAUCGCUACGAAAUGGGAAAUAUGCCACCCAACGUAGACCUUUUCCGGUUAUCUUCCGGAAACCGGAUCGUGAAGAUGAUAUGGGUAAAGGCAUUGAGGGUACCCCCAAGGAGAUGACCAGCAGCGGGCCCAUUCAGAAUUCAUUGACACCUCAGAAGGGUAGCUUCCAACGGCUCAAGGAGCUAGUAUGGACGCAGAGGGCGAGUGAAUUGGCACAGCAGCGUCGCGCCGAGGAACUUGCAGCUAGGGCUGCUGUCCUCAGGGAAAUAGCCAAUGGUCAGAGUCAUUCGAUCACGAGCACAUAUCAAAAGUCCAAUAUGGCCAAUCUAGAUGAUGACAAUAAUCAAAGACUAGACUACGAUCAGGGGAUUCCCGUUGUGAGGCAAACUCAGGACAAUCCUCUAGCGGCGUCAGCAUACUUAAUGAGUGGUCAACCACGGUCGCAUUUUCGAGAACGGAAUCGGGCCAUAAUGAGGCAAGUGAGCAAUUCCUAUCGCUAGGCUUAAAACAAAAUUAUUAAAUGGCAUUCCGGGAGAGAUUGUGGCCUGAAAAGGAGCUUGUCUCGCACUAGGGGUAUCCCCUGUAAUAUUCUUAUUCAGAACACAAUCUGUAAGUCAAAGUUUUAAGUAUAUGAGUCAACAACCUGAAAGCUUUCAAAUAAAAAAAAAUCCUAAAAAAUCAUAUUCGAUCCGACGUACAUAAUCAAGGAGGCUUUAAGAAUCAAAUAUAUCUCUGUAUUCAAUGUAUUCAAAACCCUUAAGCAUGGCUACGGGAGUUUUCAUGGUUAAUUAUGAAAUAAGCCAAAUUUUUACUGUAUUUGUCUUUAUUCUUUUCAAAGCACUUGUUAAACUUUGGAAAGAAACUUUUUUAAUUACAAACCCAAAAAUCCCUACAACUUUGGGAUUUUUUUUCAUAAUUUUUUUCUUGAAUAUUCCAAGGAAACAUAUACUAUGAUAUAUCCACAGUAGACUGUACAUUUGCCUUCCAGACAAACUCAUAUUGUUUAGAACAAGAAAACAUAUCUUUUCCGAAUAUCAAAAAAAAAUGAAAUCAAAGCAGAGAAGAGAUAUCAUAUAAGAGAAAUAUUUUGAAUAAUUAUAUUGAGAUAGAAGAAAAAUUUUGAAAUAUUACUCAAACGUGCGGUAUACCAGAAAGUUAUACCUUUAUAUCAUUCUUGAAUUUCUUUUACAAAUACUUUUGAGCUGCUUAUGAUUGCUGGUAUAUUCUUAUGGUAAAAAAAAAUGAUGUGCGCAAAGACAGAACUUUUGCUCAAAGUGUAAUAUUUAAAAGAAUCUGGGGAAACUCAUCCCCUAUAUCAAAGACAAUAAUAUACAUUUCAGUACCAUGAAAACCCCCAUUUGUAACUUAGUAUAUGAAAUGUACUACUUAAAGGAUUUUACUCUCCUUUUUUUGACAAUGUAUGUAUGCAUGUUGUGUGAUGCAGGGUAAAACUGCUUAAUGAGCCACAAAAAAAAAUCUAAAAAAAAAACGAUAUAGUACCUAAGUGUAAACUAUGACAAUAAUCUACAAAAAAAAUAACAAGUGUGUUUAGAAUACCCGUCAAUUGUUAGAAGAAGAAAUGGUAAUUGAAGAUUGAAGCCAAAAAAAUACAGAUAAAGGAGAUCCAAAACGUAGUAAAUAUAUGUAGCAAGAGACAAUAAUUUUUCCUUGUAAACUAUUUAAAAACAAGUAUAUAAAAAUAUACUAAGAAAAAAAAUGAAAAAAAUAAAUUUAACUUCUUAAAUCAAUUAAA